CGGCUCUUCAAAAAAAGUUUUUGUUACAUCUUCUAAAUUUCUCCUGAAGGAAAGUUUAAUUAUGACAAUUUAGACGUGCGUUAAAGACACAUCUGACUUAAUCAGGUGAAUACUUACAGCCUUCUUGGGAGUUAAUUAUUUCUGGACCAAAGGAAGACUAGAAAAUAUAAUCUUUCACCGACGAUGGAAAACAAAGAUGAAGCCAGUGAUUCUGAUAGUGGAGUAAUUCUGCAGUCAGGAUCUGACAGCCCUCAGUCACCAACGAAAGAUAAAUAUCAGUCUCUCAUUUCACGUAAGCAAAUGCUGGAAGAAACACUUGAACUUUAUUUGGAUGAACUGAAGAAGCUAUGUUUACGUGAAUCUGAGUUGACAGGAUAUUUGCCAAAAGAGUACCCAUUAGCAGAAGGGGAAAAGCCACCCACAGUCCGCCGCCGUAUAGGAACAGCCUUUGAGUUGGAUGAGAAGACAAUUACAGCUAAAGGAGAGGACUCCGAACUUGCCUCUCUGGAGAGGGACUUUGCCUUGCAGUUACAGUUUGUGGAGGCAGCCAAGCGACUAUCACAAGAAACAAAUCUAAGCAGACAUAUAAGAAAACAAAGGAAACAUGACUGUAUAAAGGAACAAAAGAAACUAAAUGUUAUCAAAAAAGCUAUAAAUGAGCGUCAAGAAAUGGCUGGUAGACAAACACUGCAGCCAUGUACUACAACCGAAGAAUUGAUUGCUUCUGAUGACAGUUCUCUAGAAGAUGAGAUGGGACAUCAUUGUAGCCAAAAUUCGUCAAGAGAAUUAUUGACAUCUGAGCAUGGGAUGCAAAGGAAUCAAUCUCCGCUGCCCCCUCUGCAGCCCAACAGGCCAACCCCACCUCAGACUCUGGAAGGGAUUAAUCCUGUCUUGUAUCAAUGGAGUGAUUAUGACAAAUCACCAGUCACAGACACAGCAUGGAUGGAGUCUAAUCUGGAUGAACCAUAUGAGAGAGUGAAAAGAAGCUCCUCUUUGAGUAGCAAGUCAAGCAGUCCAGUAGUGACUCCAUUGGAUUCUGGAUCAGGUGAUAUCAUGUCUUUACAACAUUUUGAAAUGAGGAACAAUCUAUUUCCAAAUCAAAAUUCAAUAAGUGCACCAUCAACCCCUGAACUACGAGGGCGCCUCCACCAUCAAACAGCAAGAUACUUAGAUGUGAACCGUUUCCCAGCACCUCCUGAUCAAAGAGGGCGCAGCAUGGUUCCCCAAAGAAGAUCAUCAAAUUAUGCAGUUAUUAUACCUGAUUUUCAUGCUACUGGGAUGAAAAACAGUGAUCAUUUACAUUUAAUGCCAUAUCCUUUGAGUGGGUAUGCCAGCUCAGAGUCCAAUAGCUCUGGAACGUCAACUCCAACAUAUAUUCCAACACCUCAUGAAUAUAAUGCAGCAGCAGCAAGGCAUUGGCAAGUCUACAACUCACCUGUAAACCUGGAAAUACCUAUGUUACACGGUAGUGGAUAUUAUCAUUGUAAUCCAAGCCAGUCAUUCUCCCACUAUCGAGCAGUUGAACGCACAGAAGGAAACGCAAUGAAUCAAAUGUGGGAAAAGGAUCCAAAUCGACAAUAUUCCACUGUGCAAUACUUAAAUACUCCACUUUACAGAGAGUGCCAAUACAUUGAUGAGAAAAAUUCACCGACCGUGCAGCGAAUUACUCCAUCACAUUGCAGGAUCGUACGGACUCCUUCACUAAAGGAAUACCCCAACAGGGGCUUGCUAAGAGAGGUUGUGUCAGAGGAGCUACAGUCAUGGCAUGAGCGCACUAGGCAGAGGAAUGGGCGUCCUCGCUCGCUGGACAGACAAGGCGCCUUUCGAGGUCCACAUGCACAGAGCAGAGGUCGAGAGCACUAUAUGUAUCGGCCAGCACACCCUAUUCAGAUUCAACAGAGGCACAUACCACGCUGGAUGAAAGAAUAUCCACAAAACCAAUGGUACAUGUCAGAAGAAUCGGAAGUUGCAAGCCAGUUUUAAAGACUAACUACUGCGAGUUGAAAUUCCUGAUCAUCUAAAUGAGCCAAUUUGUCGAUAACAGUUACAGGAACAGUCAUUACCUUGGUGAAGAAAUACCGUUUAGCAAAUCCAUCCAAACUUGCAAUAAGACUUACACUUUGGCUUUCUGGAAUAAUGCAAAGAUCACAACCAAGAUUUACUCAAAAUGUUAAUAUCAUUUUUGUUUGAAUGAACUCGAUUGCCCAUCCACUGGACUGUCAAUAUUUAUCCUUCUGUAUUCAUGGUGCUAACUAUAUUGUACAGAGCUCUGAUAUAUUCAGCAUGUGGCACCGAAUGUACACCUGCACAUGUUUUGUAAUUCAGACUCAGUACUUAUUGAUGCUUCUUAACAAUUAUUCUUAUUUAUAUUUCCUGUUUUUAAAACUUUAUUUACGAAGUUAUAAAGGCUAAUCAAUGACACAGUAUUUUCAUAAAGCAACUAUUCAUAAUAAGGAUAAAGAGCCAAAUAUAUUAAAAGCAGUGAUGCAUUUCACAGAGUGUGAAACACAGAUUUAAUAGUGGUAAACUGAUUAACAAAAUAUAGUGUAUCUACAAUGCUAAACAUUUCUAUUUCAGUAUAAAUUGAUGUACCAGUCCUGAAAUAGUAUUCAGGAACCUGAGUCUGCUGCAUUGCAUUAAGAUAUCACCAAAAAAGAAGUUUUUUCACCAAUCUUGACAAAAUCUGUUCUUGAAGUUAAGAGACAGAUUGACUGUUCCACUAUUUUGACAGUAAUUAAUGUAAAAGUGAACUGAAAUAGAACAGUCAAGUCCAUAGAGGGAUAGUCAAGAAAAUGGGAAUCAUCAAGUUGAUGAUGCAACUGUUAGGAGAGUGGUCAAAUGUUUUGUUAAAGUAAUAAGUUAUGAACAGAAUUUAACUUAGAGAAAUGAAAAAGGUAGGUUUAAGAAUGUAUAUUCCAUCAGAAGUCCUCACUUCAAGAAAGAAGCUAUAAGAAGAGAAAAUCAUAAGUAUAGCAAAGUUUAUCUCAGCUAAAAUUCUGUUUUAAGUAAAGAUUCUCGUCCUGUGCUCCCAGCAGAUAAUAUGGUGUAGACAGUUGAAAGCACAGCUCCCCAUGGUAAAUAAAUGAGUGGUGAGUGGGAAUGGAAUUGAACAGAGACAGGAGUCUGAGAAUUUUUUUGUGGGGAAAGAGGAGGUUUCAAAGAUAGGGAAGAAUGACAUCAUGGAAGGAUUUAAACAAGAUGACAAUUUAUAAAUUUAUGACCAGAAAAAUAAUAAUUUGACAGUUACCAUAAUUUCACAAAGCUUACUACAACUACAUAUGGACGGGCCUAGAUGCCAAUUGAAAAUUGGUCCAAACCAAACUUUGGUGGUGGCAGUAAGUGGCACUAAGUGAUUUGCUGCCUCAGAGAGGGAGCACAGAUGGCUGCAUUUGUGCUAUAACAAAUCUGCAAUUCCUUUCCCUAUCUUGCCUUUUUUUUCAUUCUCUCAUGGAAUACGGACUUUGCUAGCUACGCCACAAUUAUUACCCAUUCCUACUGCCCUUGAGAAUACAGUAGUAAGCUGCUUUUUGAACUGCUACAGUCCAUGUAAUGUAAAUAGAUCCAUAAUGCUGUUACGGAGGUGGUUCUAGGAUUUUGACCCAGCAAUACUGGAGGAAUAGCGAUAUCAGUUUGGACAUCAAGUUGAUCAGUGGCUUAAAGGUGAAUUUGCAGGUGGUGAUGUUCCCAUAUAUCUGCUGCCCUUACUCUUUUAGCUGGAUGUGAUCAUGGGUUUGGAAAGUGCUGUUUAAGGAUCCCUGAUGAAUUUCUGCAGUGCAUCCUUUGGAGAAAAACACUGCUGUUACUGAGGUGAUCAAGGGAGUGGAUGUUUGAGGAUAUGGUGCCAAUCAAGCAGGCAGGCUGUGUUGCCCUGAAUGCUAUGUAGCUUCUUUAAUAUUGUUGGAACUGCACUCAUCCAGGCAUGUGUGGAGCAUUCCAUCUCUCUUGACUUGUGCAUUGUAGUUGGUAGGCAGGCUUUCAGAGUUAGAAGAUGAGGUACUCACUGAAGUAUUCCUGGUCUCUGUACCCCUCUUGUAGCAACAGUAAAUGGCUAGUCCAAUUCAGUUUCUAGUCAAUGGUAACCUCCAGGAUGUUGAUUUCCAUUACUGAUGACAGUCAACAAAUGACAUUAUGUCAUUUCGGGUGACAUUUGUCUUUUGUAGAGAAUGGAUGUAAAGUUCAUUCAGUUGGGAAAUGGAGCCCAAGUAGCAGCAGCUGAAAUCAUUUUUGUAUGUCUGCUUGGACACAGGACUACAGUCUCCACUUAACACGGAAUUCUAUCUGAGAUAAUCUUCACUAUGCUUUUGAUUUUCUCAUCUCAUAUCUUCUUUCUCAAAGAGAGGACUCCUGAUGGAAUAUGGCUUCACAGGCCACUGCAGUCCCCUUCAACCACAUCAAAAUGUCUGAUAAACAGUUUUUAUUGGAAAUAUUUACCAUUGCUGAUUAUCCUAUCCCAUCUUCAAAUAAAGACUACUUUCAAGUGGAUCCCACUGGUGGUCAAGAACAUUGAUGGUUUUCAUCCAAUUUGAGGAUGUGAAGACCAAUUGUGUUAUCUCAGUUAAGACCAACUAAAUUUGCACUGAAUCUAAUGCUUUCAUAUAACCUAGUAUGCUAUUAUGGAAUCCUUUCCAUUAAAAACUUAAAAUUAGCGAUUGGCUGACAAACAUCACCUUAUUUUCACAACGGCUUAAAGAAAGAAAAUCAGUACAGAUAUCAAUCGUUCUCCAUGUGUGUCAAAUUUUAUACAUUGAUGCAAGUUUCCCAUGUUCAGUUUUAGAGUUAUAGGGUAAAUAUUUAUAUUUUGGUGGUUCUUACAGGCAGGGAAAAGAAAUUGUUCAAGUCCAAGCAGUGCUUUACUGCCAGAGUAAAAUGGUCUCCAUUGUGAAAACAAUUAAAACAUCACCAUUUUGUGAAAGAUAAAGAGACAACUUAAACCGACACUUUAAGUUGUGGGCUGUGUUAACAGCGAUCGAGCUCACUGUCUUGAAAUAAGUGGUAAGGAAAAAUAUUUUGCCACCAUUUUGAACUUCAAAUAAGCCUACUGAAAUUUUUCUAUGGGUUGUAUUUCAGAUUUUUAAGCUUUCCCUGAAACGGUCACAUGCUGCUGAGAUGCAGGCUCCAAUACAAAAAAGUAUUUGACAUCAGUGUAUAAAUGACAUUUUUAAUUAUCUUUUACAAAUUAAUUUUAGUAAUUUACUGCAGAUGCAACAUCAACAAUUUCAAAUUUAUCCUAAAUGUUAGCAAAAUAAGAGUUGUAUUGUUUUUGUACAAAAAUAUUUUAAAAU